AUGGCAGAUUUAAAUACGUUGGUUUUCAAACGUCAGACAGAAGUGAUAACACGGCUGUUCUUAAAGUUUAUACGAGUAAAAAGCGAGGAAUGAAAAAAAUUGCAGCGUGUAAUGUUAUUAUUCAGGACAAGGUACACUAUCAAGGCAGGGAGGAUAACUAUUUGUCACUUUCUGAAACAGUUGCCGAAAAGAAAACACGCUCGGACAACGAAUGUUUUAGGAAAAACAAAAGCACCCAUGACAAAUUAGUCAUACCUGUUGUGAUGAAAUAUAGAAAAGCAUGUUUUAUGUGCUUUUCAAUAAAUGAUUCACAACGAAGCGAAGUUGUCUUGGAAUUGUGUUCAUCACGAACGGCUCCAGAGCGUAUUGAACAAAGAAUUAGAGGUGGGCAUAGCACAUAUGGACGAGUUGACGUCAUGGCCUGUUUGGGUGAAACUUUCAAAAUUGUUAUGCAAGAUGAAUUAGAGCAUACAGCGGAAAUAAACUUCGCUGAACUAUAUCAAGCAAUUCAUUUCCAAGUGAUGGGCUUUACACAGACCUUGGUUACUGUUGUCGUUUACAAAUGCGAGCAAUAUGCACCACAGACCAUCAAAAGAUUUUCUGUCGACAGGCGAGGCCACCUUCUGGACUUUCAAGAGAAUGCCAAUAGUGAACGCGGCAAAUUAUUCAAGACACAUGAUGCCGUGAAUAGGGAUAGAAAAACGAAAGACAUUCAGUCCACCGACGACGCUACGAACGUUCGGGCUUCAAACAGGACACUGUACGUAUCCUUCCUUUGA